AUGCAGGCUUUCAUAGUUGGGGAGCAUGGUGAUAGCUCAGUGGCACUAUGGUCAAGCAUUAGUGUCGGGGGCGUGCCGGUAUUGAGCUUCCUAGAAAAGCAACAAAUCGCAUACGAAAAGGAGACCUUAGAGAAUAUCCACAAAGAAGUAAUAGAUAGUGCUUAUGAAGUAAUAAGCCUCAAAGGGUACACAUCCUGGGCUAUUGGGUACUCUGUGGCUAACUUGGCUCGAUCCAUACUAAGAGACCAGAGGAAGAUCCACCCAGUCUCGGUCGUUGCUAGUGGGUUCUAUGGGAUUGAAGGUGGAGACGUGUUCUUGAGCUUGCCAGCCCAGCUUGCUAGGGGUGGAGUCUUGGGGGUGGCCAAUGUGCAUUUGACUGAUGAGGAGGCUCACCAACUUAGGGACUCUGCUAAAACCAUCUUGGAGGUGCAAAACCAGUUGGGAAUAUGA